GAAGAGUUUCAAGGAAUGGUUGUGACCACUUCUGUUUGGAAAAACAUGCAUUGGGAUAACCAGGCCUUAACAGAAGAACUCAAAAAUUCCACCGUAGUUAUAAAAGCGGCAAAACCCAGGACAAGGAAAUGCAGCAAGGCUGAUGAUUUUGGUGAUAUCAUGAACUGGCCGACACCAAGCGAAAUAGCAAACAAUGAAUGUAAGACUGUAAGUCACAGUAAGAAGCCAACAAGCAGAAGAGAAAAGGAGGAGAAAUCUGAUCAAAAAAGCAAUAAUGGAAUCAAGGACAAUCCAGAGGCGAAGCCAGAUGGUCUGGCAGAUAACACUAGUGAAGAUGAAGCUCAAACUAACAACCAAAGGAAGAAAGGUAACAAGCAGAAAUGGGUGCCGCUUCAUUUGGACGACGUAAGGUCGGGCAGCCAAGAAAGACCAGGCUCUCGGACCAGCUCCAGAUUUCUGCUGGAAACAAACAAGUCAAUACCUCAUAACAACAGACGGAACGAGGCAAGAAGUUGGCGUCGUGAUAGAGAGAAGAGAGACGACCACGACGAUGUGUGCAGUGUGAGGAGUGAAGGUGGCAGCGUCCGAGGAUUCUCCAGGGGCAGAGGAAGAGGGAGAGGCAGAGGAAGAGGAAGAAGCAGAGGAAACCCCAGCAUGAACUUUGAGUAUUCAGUUGGUUAUCAAGAACUGUAUGGUGAAGGAAUUGACCAAGUAUUUCAGCCUGAGCUUAACAGUGGUGUGAUGUAUUACUAUGGUGACGGAACAGGAGUGCAGAUGUAUUCUGUGGACGAAGCGCUUCUCAAAGAAUAUAUAAAACACCAAAUUGAGUAUUAUUUCAGCACAGAGAAUUUGGAAAGAGACUUCUUCCUGAGGAGAAAGAUGGACCAACAAGGGUUCCUGCCUGUUUCGCUGAUCGCCAGCUUCCGUCGGAUGCAAGCUCUGACUACGAAUGCUGCCCUCAUUUUGGAGGCCCUGAAGGACAGCACAGAAGUGGAAACUGUGGAUCAGAAACUAAGAAAAAGGGUUGAUCCAGAAAAGUGGCCAAUUCCAGGUCCUCCUCCAUGCAGCCUGCCUCCAACUGACUUUUCUCAGCUCAUCAAUUGUCCAGAAUUCAUACCAGGACAGCUUUUUGGCUCACACACUGAGUCUGCACCAAGUUCUCCGAGAGUGGGAAGCCCACUGAGUCCAAAGGAAAACACUGAAACAAGUAAUUUUCAGACAAUGUCCAAAGGACUGUCUACGAGUUUGCCCGAUUUGGACUCGGAGCCUUGGAUAGAAGUGAAGAAGAGGCAUCGGGCACCCACUGUCAAACUAAAGGAAACUGUUCCUGUACCUGAUCAAACAGCAGAUCAACACAAACCACCCCCACCUCCGGAAGAACAAGAGCAAGAAGAACUUGAAUUCUUGUUUGAUGAAGAGAUGGAACAAAUUCAGGGUCAGAAGAAUAAAUUUACUGAUUGGUCAGACAGCGAUUCUGAUUAUGAAAUUGAUGAUCAGGACAUAAACAAGAUUUUGAUAGUAACACAGACACCACCAUAUGUGAAAAAACAUCCUUGUGGAGACCAUGCUGGAAACCACGUGAGCCGUGCAAAAAUCACAUCAGAACUCGCUAAAGUCAUUAACGACGGCUUGUACUAUUACGAACAGGAUUUGUGGAUGGAUCAUUGUGAAAAUGAGGCCAUGAUGAAGCAAGAGAUUGAGAACUUUAAGAAGCUAAACCUCAUUAGUAAGGAAGAAUUUGUUAUUCUUGCACCAGAAAUGGCUGAUCCAACCCAAGAAGUUCCUCCUGGACCUCCGGAGUUACAGAAAGCAAAAGAGCUGACUUGUAACAUCCUAAGUACUGAAGUACCUCCAGCAGCAGGAAUAGCUCGAUCACUGCCAACAGCAGUUCCAGAUUCCCACCAUUUUCACCCCGGCUUGAUCCCGCGAACACCUCGCACCCCAAGGCUACAGGAUCCCAAAAAAACCCCCAGGUUCUACCCUGUUGUUAAAGAAGCACGAUCCUUGGAUGUAAAGACUCCUAGAAAAAGAAAAACACGCCACAGUACAAAUCCUCCCUUAGAAUGCCACGUUGGUUGGGUGAUGGAUUCCAAGGACCACAGGCCUAGAACUUCAUCUCUGAGCAGCUCCAAUGCCUCGCCUUCAGAAGGAGCUCCUCUAGCAGGCUAUGGCUGCACCCCAAAUUCUCUGCCAAAAUUUCAGCACCCUUCUCAUGAACUGUUAAAGGAAAAUGGCUUUACCCAGCAGGUGUACCACAAAUACCGGCGAAGGUGUUUAACGGAGAGGAAAAGGUUGGGAAUUGGCCAGUCCCAAGAAAUGAACACACUUUUUCGUUUCUGGUCCUUUUUUUUGAGAGAUCACUUCAACAAGAAAAUGUAUGAAGAAUUCAAACAGCUUGCUCUAGAGGAUGCAAAAGAACACUGCAGGUACGGCUUGGAAUGCUUGUUUAGAUUUUACAGCUAUGGCCUGGAAAAGAAAUUCAGGCAAGAAAUAUUCGAGGAUUUCCAAGAAGAAACAAAGAGGGACUAUGAAGCUGGUCAGCUGUAUGGACUGGAAAAAUUUUGGGCAUACCUAAAGUACUCUCAGUACAAGACACCAGCCGUGGACCCUAAACUGCAGGAAUACCUGAGUAAAUUCAAGAGACUGGAGGACUUCAGGGUGGAGCCUCCUAUUAGUGAAGACUCUGGCAGAAAGAGAGUAGUUGCUGCAACAGGUGAAGAUUCAGCUCAUCGCAGACAUCACUCUAAUUCAUCUAAAACACUUCCCGCCACUAAAACAACCCCCACUCCCUGUCAGUCCCGGGCACUGGGAAGUGUUACCGGUGGGAAUGCUGUGCCAGCAUCCACGAGCCGUAGGGAUGCUGCCACGAAAUCCACAGAAAGUGAUGUACCAGAAAAAUAGACUUCUGGGAUGAGCUUGUGCUCUUGAGAAUCAACCUGGACGUGGCCCUCUUAAUUUGGAGAUCUUCAAGGCGAGCCAAUCCGCUACACGAUUCAAAACGGAUGGAAUGACAACGAAUUGGAUUCUCUUCUUCACAGGAUGUAGUUCCAAAACACUUCCCCCAGGAACGGGAUCAUCGGAAGGAUCCUAGGGAAGGUUCUUUGGCUUCAGUAUUGCUUUCCUCAAGCUUCUGUUUACAAAGGACUGCAUUCCUUGCAUAUGCAAAAAGAUACUUUGGGGGAUGCCUUACAUUUCAGCUCAGAUUUCUUAAAAAAAAAAGGUAACACCCAUGUUAUUUACUGUGCUUUCCUUACUCAGAUUUCCCCGUUGUUUUUAUUUUACCAAAGCAAAAAAAGAUUACAUUAUAUGUAGAAUAUUAAAUGGGAAGGAGGGAUCUCUGUGAUUGGUUUACUCUUGAAGCUGACAAUCAGAAAGGAUGGUUUUGUGCAAAAGCACACCCGAGAACACGCAGCUAUUUAUGAAACUGCAUUUCUGGAUUCUAUUUAAAGAUACAGUUUCUGGUUUCUUUCAGGGUCUCCAUAGUUGGCAUUUUAUUAAUUAUGGAGUUUGAGUGGACAUAACUGGGAUAGUUUUACAGAUAUUUCCUUCAGUACUGGUUCUUUAAUAACUCAAGGAACAAAAAACUACAGGGGAAAAUGGAGCUUUUGAUUUCAUAGUGUCUUAAUUUAACAUUCAGCACCUACAUUUUGGGCAGGUUGUUAAAAUAGCAAACUAUUCAGAUUAUUCUGGGCUUGAGAGGUGUCUUCAUUUGAAUUCUCUUAGGAACUCCAACAGGAGAGGCAUAAUUUUAAUUUUUUUUUUUUCCAUAUUUCAAGUAAUAAUUAGUUUGGAGGGAAAUGAAGUAUUUCUUGUAAAUUUUAUUUGCUUUAUUUUGCAAUAUUUGAAUUAAGUUCUGCUUCAGUUGCGCUAGCUAAGCCUAAAUGAUUUCAAACAGGUCUAAAGACAAUUCACUGAAUAGAAGUUAUUCAAAUACAAAUCCAUUUUUAAUGCUGAAAGGUGGGGAUGUUUAUAACCUGUCAUGUCUUACUAACUUCAUUACUUUGUUUUUAAAGACUCAAAAGGAACGAAGUGGAUAACUUACCUCCUCCAGGGGUAGGUGAGAGGAAUUCCAGCUGUUUGUUAGUUAACUGCAGAAAUUACUCCCAUUAACUUUUAAAAAGUUCUGUCUAGCACAGAUGCCUUAAUCUGACUGCACAGCCAUGGAUGGGGUUUUAUUAUAACAAGUCCCUUAAUUUUUCAGUCAUUGUCUUGUGAACCUCACUGGAACAAAUGAUCGAUGUUUGCAUUGAAAGGAAUGGGUUGUAGCAGUGACCUUCCCACAGUUUCUACCAUUUCAAUACAAAAUCCAGCCUUUUGUCAGUGGCCUGUUUCUAAAUAAAUUUAAACAAACACUAUACCGAGAUUAUAAGUAAAUAUCCUAUAAAUAUGCUGAAGUGACACAUCUCAGUCCUACGUUUGAUCCAUGCCUUUUGCUCUCCAUGAAAAUGAUGCAAAUGUAAA